UAGCGCAGUUCAUAAACAACUGGUUAGCACUUUCUCCUCAGAACUCCUCGAUCUCCAACCAUGUUUUGCCCUAAAUUUCCAUCCACCAUAAAUGGCUUCUUUCGGUCUCCAACGAUCCAAUCUCAACUUCCCGCCAAUCUUCCUCACCCUAGUGAAAUACCAUGCAUUACUACCAGUUAUCCUCCACCUAUACGAAUUCUAGCGGUAAUAGCAACAACGGCAGAAGUGAAGCAAGUGGCAGCAAUGCCCCUGUUAAUACUGCCGGGUCAGCACCACCCUCUAGCGGGCGUCACCCAGUUUAUCGUGGAGUAAGGCGUCGGAGUACUGGAAAAUGGGUGUCCGAAAUUCGCGAGCCCAGAAAGCCUAAUAGAAUCUGGCUAGGCACAUUUCCUACACCUGAAAUGGCUGCAGUCGCUUACGAUGUGGCAGCGAUUGCUCUCAAGGGUCAACGUACUGAACUUAACUUUCCCAACUCAGCCUCUUCUUUGCCCGUACCCGCCUCCACUUCCUCACGCGAUAUCCAAGCAGCAGCAGCCUCUGCCGCCGCCGCUUUAGGGGCUGCAGCAGCUGCUAUGGGGGCUGCAAGAGAUGCUUCAACCGGAAAUGAGGGUGGUGGGGCGCGAAGCACACUUGAGCCAGAAAUACCAGAUUCUGAUGGAUUUGUUGAUGAGGAUUUGAUCUUUGACAUGCCCAAUGUUCUUGUGAAUAUGGCUCAAGGAAUGCUUCUUAGCCCACCUCGCUUGGACAUUGCAGGCGAUGACGCUGAAAACGCCGAGUAUCAGAACCUUUGGAAAUUUCCUUAACUGCCAUAUAUAUCUACAAUAAUAGGAAUUUUCAACCAAAACAAAACAUGAAGAAACUUAGCGUCAAUAAUAUACGAGUACGCAGUGUUCCAUUGAAAACUUAAAAUGCAACAUGACAACAUGAUCAAUCAAUGCAUGGGUGUAGUACUGGCUUGUAUGUUUUAAUAAUCUGUGCAGGAAUGUGUAUUGGGAAUUUC